AUGCAUGCAAACAACACAAUCAGUUGCAAAGCUGCAGACAGCAGCGCUUUAGAUACAAGCUAUUUUGAUCUUUUCAAUCUUCCCAGAUCAUUCUGCAUAGAUAAGACGCUCUUGAAGAAGAACUACUAUUCUGCAUCCAGAAAAAGCCAUCCAGAUUUGUGUGGCAAGAACAAUGUUAGCAUUGCCGACUCACACAUCCUCAAUAGGGCAUAUUCUAUACUGAAUGAUGAUUUUCUUAGAGCUAAAUUGUUUACUGUUCCUUCGGAAAGCGUAGAUCCAAACUUCCUAGAGAAGUGCAUUGAAUUAGAAGACAGAAUAAUGAGCGGAGAGGAUCUUUCAAAGCAUCUACUUGAAAAAAUGGAGGAAUGUAAGGCACACUAUGCAGAUCCUGUGUAUUUAUGUAAAUGGGGGUAUUAUAAAAGACUAUAUGAGAUUAUACGGAACAAAGCAUAA